AUUGUCGUUUUGUCGAUAACCUUUUGGCUUUGGGACGGGUUGUUAAAUGCUCCAUUAGGCUGCCGUCUCUUCCGACGCUAAACUGAGAAACCCCUCCGGCAAAUCUCUCAGUCAAAGUAAAAAGAUCCACCGCCGGUGUAGUUAAACCCUAAUUCAUGGCUCAUCCGCCGUACGACCCCUAUUACAUCCACUACCAACCACCACAGCCACAACUACACGAUAACAGCGGCAUCAAAACGCUCUUCGUUUCUGGCCUCCCCGACGAUGUCAAGGCCCGCGAGAUUCACAAUCUUUUCCGUAGAAGACCUGGUUUCGAAUCUUGCCAACUCAAGUACACCGGCAGAGGCAACCAGGUCGUCGCGUUUGCUACCUUUGUCAAUCAUCAAUCAGCAAUGGAAGCACUUAUUUCGUUGAAUGGUGUCAAAUUUGAUCCUCAAACUGGGUAUAUUCUGCAUAUUGAAUUGGCUAAAACAAACUCAAGGAGGAAACGCAAACCAGGUAGCGGAGUGUAUGUUGUCAUAGACAAUAGAAGUAAAAAGGGAGAUAAUAACCGAGAAAGAGAAACAUCUAGUAAUGAUGGAGGCAGUGAUUCUGAGGAACCAUCUGAUGCUGAAAAUCAAGAUUCAGGCAAUAAGGGUGAUUCAGUGACCUCAAAAAGUGGUGAGACAGUAAAUGCUUCUGAUAAUGCAGUAGCUGCUUCAAAUCAAUCAGAAAAUACUGUUGAAGGGGGUCAAUGUUCCACUCUGUUCAUUGCAAAUCUUGGUCCAAAUUGUACUGAAGAUGAACUGAAGAGUGUUUUGUCUAAGUAUCCUGGGUUCAAUAUGCUCAAAUUGCGUGCCAGAGGUGGAAUGCCAGUAGCAUUUGCUGAUUUUGGGGGAAUUGAACAAGCUAACAAGGCUAUGGAGGAACUUCAUGGCAGCUCAUUACCGUCAUCAGACCGUGGCGGCAUGCACAUAGAAUAUGCAAGGUCUAAAAUGAGAAAGAAGUAGAAGAAAGCCGACUGAUUAACCUGUUCUGUAAAUCUACUUAUAAUUAGAGCCGAAUUGCUAAAGACACUUGUUUAUCUGGAAAGCUCUCUCUUAAGUUAACAAUGGUCAUUCAGAUUUAUUUAUGCACAUAAAUAUUUUUAUUUCUUUUUC